CAUUAGUACGUUGACAGGUGUUUAAAAAAAUAUAACUAAAAAAAGCACUCUCUUUUGUACUCUUUGUAUACAUACACAAUUUAUAAAUACUGUUUUACUACAUAACUGGAAAAUAGCGAAUAUUUCAUGUCGGAAGUACGUCACGUGGCACGACGCAAGUAGUUUACUGCUUCCGCUUUCAGUAAACCAAUCACAAUCCGACUGUUCAAGAGCUUGACCAAUGAACGCUGCGAAUGAUAUUUAAAAACCCAGGCAGCCUGACUGAGUUUUUGUCUCAGCAUGCUGUAGUGUUUAUAAUCCGUUUCGUUUGUUGUGAGAAAUCCAAUACAAGAUGGGAAAAGGCAAAAAGUCCUCUUCUGCCAAACGAAGACCAGUGGACGGCAGUAUAAACGAGAAAAUAGAAGAAGCUAAAGAAAACAAAGACGGGAAACCCACGACAUGCCAAGGGCAGCCAACAAUACAUAGUUGUCUGAAUCUAAACAAGCCGCUCCGGAAUAACCCACUUACCCUUAUUUUAGACGAGAAUACAGCGACGGACCGUUUACCUAAAGACACCAGCAAACAGAGUGAAGUCAAAGAUGUAGAGCCGAAUGCACCUAAAAAAGGGGACACUGCCAAACAGAGCCUUAUUUGUGGACAUAAUGAGCAGACUGAUGUGCCUCAUAAAGAGUCUGGGACAAAAAAGCAAACAAAAUCUGGGCAAAGGAUAAAUGGUGAAAAGUCAAAAGACAAGAAAUUGAAAAACAAAGAGUCUGAAUCCAAUCGAAAGGUCACAGAUUAUUUUCCUGUUAGGAGAAGUUGCAGGAAAAGCAAAGCUGAGUUGAAGUGUGAAAAGCAGCAGAACAUUGAUGAUCUCAUCAAAAACAAUGUUGAAGAGGGGCUCAAGGUGAAAAGUAUUGAUGGAAAAGGAAGAGGUGUUUUUGCAGACCUAGCAUUUCAGAAAGACCAGUUUGUAGUAGAGUACCAUGGGGAAUUGUUAGAGAUUGCUGAUGCUAAAGCAAGAGAGUCUCAAUAUGCUCAAGACCCGACCACUGGCUGCUACAUGUACUAUUUCCGCUACCAUGACAAAACCUACUGUGUGGAUGCUACCAAAGAAACCGACCGUCUGGGCCGACUGAUCAACCACAGUAAGAAUGGCAACCUUCGGACCAAACUGCAUGAAAUAAAUGGCACACCUCACCUCAUCUUCCUGGCUUCCAGAGACAUAAAAGUAGACGAGGAGCUGCUUUAUGAUUACGGUGACCGCAGUAAAGAAGCCAUCGCUGCUCAUCCUUGGCUUAAGCAUUAAUUCACUCAGUUUAGUUGUCUUGUUCUGAUAGCAUUUAAAUUAAUGGAAUAACAUAGACAUGCAAUGAUGUUUGGAGUUACCUUUCACUGCAAUAAGUGGCACCAUAAAAUGAAUUGUGUGGUGUUUUGAAAGACCCACAGCACAUGUAAAAUUGUUUUUAAAUGACUUUUACAUCCUGGGUUGAGGCUGCAUGAUGUGAACCUUCUGAGCUAAGUGUUUAACAUUUUUAUAGUUUGGAAACUUUUACUCAAUUAAAAUGUACUCGCCCUCAUGUCAUUCCAAACAUUUAGGACUUUGUUUUAUUCUGAAGAUAAAAAGAUAUUUUGAAGUAUGUUUAAGCUGUUUAUUCAGUGGAAAGCAAUGGAUAAAAAUAUCUUGUUUUGCGCAAGAAAGAUAUGUUACAGAU